AUGCCUGCUCUGGCGCGGCGCUGGCACAGGUCCGGCACGUGCGAAAUAAGUCGUAACCCAGAAACUUACAGUGGUAUAUCUGCAGGCUGCUGUGCUGGUGUGCUUGUAGUAUAUGGAGUUGUCGAAGCAGUGGUCGGCAUUCUUGUAGUGUCCGUAAACACAGAAGUUGACGGUACUGGUGUAGUAGUUGAUGGUGUAGCAGUCAUCGUUGUGGGACUCAUCGUAGUGGUUGAGCUUGACUGCGGAAAUGAUGUAGUGCUAAGAUUCGGGAUGAGAGUUGCGGGAGCUCCCGGUGUUUCAGUCAUUAGUGGAAUCUGA